UAAAGCCCAGGCUAUUAAAUAAUAAUAAGUGAAUUCAGUGUUGACGUUGACAGAUUGACUUUGACAAUUUGGCACAUGUCUCGUGAUUUAAUGCCGAUUUAAUGAAGUAGUUUGGUUAUGUCCAUGAAUCAACUAUGAAUUUCGCUUUCUACGAUUGCGAAAUCUAAAAUGUUCGAGCACUCAGUCAAAGUACCGAGACACUAUAAAAUAGCAGCGAAUAUCUUAAAAAAAGUUUCCACUGAAGGCGGCAGUGUUAAGACUUUGUUAUACGACGAUAAACUCCGUCACUUCAGGACCAAUGUGCUUUUUGCACUGAUAACAGAGACCAUUAAACAUUCUGAUGUCAUUACCAAAAUAUUUGAAAGCUGUGACAUACUGCAAAAUGAAACCCGACUAGAUCCGUGGCUAGCGAAAAUACUCACAGCAGAGCUGCUAUAUGGUAAAAAAGUUUUACCGGGAAAAAGUAAACCAGAGCAAACAAUCUCAUCUUACAAAGAAAAUUUUGAAAAAUAUCUAUCUGAACAUCAAGAUGAUUCGCAGAUUCAAGAUGUUCCAAAACCUCGUUACGUGCGCAUAAACACGAACUUGUUGACAACAUCGGAUGCAAUCAGAGCCUUCCAAGAUGAAGGGUACCACUUCGUUCGCUGUACGUCAGGAUCCUAUGAAGACUACCUCAAGCAGAUUCAGAAUCUUUCCGAAGAUGACUUCACCCAGGAUUAUCAUGUCAAAACGAUAUUUGUAUUUCCGCCGGGAACUAAACUACAUGACCAUGAACUUUAUUUUGAGAGCAAAAUUAUUUUACAGAAUAAGGCAACGGCCAUGGCGGUUCACUUGCUGGCCCCUCCUUCUGGUAGCAUAGUUUUGGACAUGUGCGCUGCACCCGGCAUGAAGACAACGCAAACAGCAGCCUAUAUGAGAAACAACGGUAAAAUAUACGCAAUCGAGAGGAACGAGAAACGAUUUGAAACGUUGCGUGAUUUCGUUAACAAAACCGGAUCUCAUUGUGUCGAACCAAUCCACCGAGACUGUCUGGAGAUAAAGAAAGGAGAAUUCGAUGACGUGGAAUAUAUACUACUGGACCCUAGCUGCUCGGGAUCUGGUAUGGAUAUAAGCGUUCACAACUAUAUAGAAGAGAGCAGAUUGGCGAAGCUCACGUCGUUACAAGAGAAAUUUUUGAAACACGCCAUGAACGCUUUUCCCCGAGCCAAAAGGAUAGUGUACAGCACAUGUUCGUUGUUCCCCGAGGAAAAUGAAAGGGUCAUAACCAAUGUUGUUAAGACAUCAAGGACUAAAUGGAGAGUGCAAGAUGUUAAGGAAUUACUGAAAGGCCAGUGGAAGAACUUCGGGUCAGCUAUGUACGGAAGCAUGGGGACCAGGUGUAUGUACGCCCGGCAGGAUUCAGAUUUGACUACAGGCUUUUUUUUAGCGGUUUUGGACAGAGACCCUAAAGAUCUAGAGAAAAGUUUGAAAAAUCAAGAACAGAAUGAUGAAGUGGUUGAGGAGGAAGUCUGUGAGAAAGAUAAAGAAUCAAAAGCCGACUAUGAACAAGAUAGGGACGUGAAUGAAUUAGAUACGCAAGUAGAUUCAGUACAGAAACGAAAAAAGAAGAAAGAGAGAUCAGACGAAACUCACUCAACAAUUAUUGAUUCAGAAGGAAAUAAUUUAAUAGUUGAUACUAUGUCUGAAGACAAUGCCUUAAGGGUGAGUGAAUCAGAAACAUCAAAGAAGGAAAAGAAGAAGAAAAAAUUAAAAGAUACUGAAUAUGAUUCUAUCGAAAUUACUACUGAAAAUAACAUUGACAUUAAUGAAAAACAUAACAAAAUGCUAAAUAAGAAUAAAGUUGACGACACAGCUAAAUGUGAAAAUACUGAAAAAGACAAACUGAUUGUGGAUGCCGACUUAGAAGAACCCGUCAAAAAGAAGAAAAAGAAAAAAGAUAAGCGUGACGAAACAGAAGAAUAUAAUGUUGAAAACGGUAAUGCAAAAAGGCAAUCAAAAAAGAGAAGUAAUAACAAUGAUUUUAAUGAAAUUGCAGAGAAGACAGAAAAUAUUGAAUCAGACCAAGUGCCAAAAAAGAAAAAGAAAAACAAAAAUUAAAUGUCCAUUUUAAAUGGUUUAUACUUAAAUAAAACGAAAUUUGAGAAUAAAAUUAA